UACCAGUCUAAUUCAUUCAGAAAUAAUAUCGUGCAUUUUUUCCGAUUGUUCUACUGUCGACACAAAUGAGAGUUUAAUUAUUGCGUUUCAGAAAAUGCUGCUUUCAAAUAAUGCUAUCAAAAUGUGAAAUGAGAGUUUUUGUUUUUGCGACACCAACCUUGUCGUACUUUUCACAAUAACUUUAAAAAACACGAACGUAUUGUCGCUUAGUUUUUUUUAUUUGAUAAAACGACCAUAAGUAUAUUUCUUUCUGUAAUGUGUUUUCAUUAUUAUAGAAAUAUAUAAUACAUAACAUCAAUUUGCAGAUAAACCUCAUUGCUUUUCUAAAAAGAAGAUCGAAUAUUUGGUAACAAUUCUGAUUCAAUUAUGAUAACUUUCGACGUUUAUAGCUUGAAUAUAACACAUUUCGAUUGGUGUAGAGGCAUCCACAGUCUCAAUCAGUCUUUUGAAUACGAAUUUACAACAAACCCAUCGAUAACCUCCAUUUCUAUGUACGGGGUUUCAGUAACCCUAAAUACAACGAGAAUUGCACUGAAGAUAUCAAAUCUGACAGAAACUCAUUUCGACGCUCGGUAUACGUUAUUUAUUUAUAAUGAGUAUGGAAAUUCAAGCUGUUCGGUGAAACUACUGGAAGGCCGUGUGCCAGCUAAGCCUGUGAAGUUUAAAGUAAAUGCAUUGAUAGGCGGUUUUCAAGUCAGCUGGAUGCCUGGAAAUAGUGGUUACUUUCGUCAACAUUUUAUAAUUACAUACCGCUCAUUGGUUGACAAAAAUUGGACAAAAUUUGAACAUUUAUCAAAUGAAGGACGCCAGACAGUUCAAGGUCUCUUUGAGAAUAUGAAGUAUAUUAUUUAUAUGUAUGCACGAAAUGAUAUAGGAAAGAGUGACAACACAGACUAUGAGACAAUCCAAACACUUGAAUCAUAUACAAUAUCUACAAGACAAUCUUACUCAGUUACAUUGUCUGCUUACAUUGCUGCUUGCUUUUGUUGUGUCGUUAUCCUGCUACUGGCAUCAGCCUUUUACAUACGACUUCGUGAAUUCGCUUUUAAAGGACAAAAGAAAACACAGAUGGAAAACAGCAAACAAAAGGAAUAUUGUCAGCAAAGACAUUUUUCGAUUUAUGAAGAAGUGAUUUUGAAUCCAGCACAAAAUGGAAAACGGUUCAUCAUAAAUACUAUAGCCAUAGAUGACGAUCUGAAUACGUCUGGUUGAACACUACGUAUAUAAAAGUGAAACUUAGUCCCUAAUCCUUAAUUAACAUUUUUAUCAAUAUUUUAACUAUUUUCAACUCUUUUUUUUUCAAUUAAUAAAAAAUACAAUAAAUUGUA